AUGGCCAAAUCUUACCCAGUACUCUCUUCACUUUUGUUCUUCAUCCUGAUACAUUUGGUGCUACCUUCUGGUCCUCCACAAUGGUGGCCACCAUAUGGAGUUGUUAAGGUGAAAUGUCCAUAUAAGACAGUAAAUUUGGGUUGGUACAAUGGAACAGUGAACCCCUGCCCUGGCUUAUAUCAGCCCAUCUGUGGCAACAAUUUCAUAACAUAUGACAAUCCCUGCAUCUUGUGUAUUGAGAGCCUAAAAUCUCAUGGAAGAAUUAAGUUCCUCCAUAAUGGAAGAUGCUAG